AUGGAUGGUAUAACUAAACAAUCUUCAUAUAAUUUCGAUCAAUAUGCAUGGCCACCUGAUGGUGAUUUCUAUCCCGGUCGAUUCAUCACUGAUUGUGUACACUUAGCUUCGGGUAGUUGUAGAGCAGCCUAUCUCGGCAAGGACACAUCAACCAAUCAACCAAUCGUUAUUAAACAGUUCAUCGCCGAACGUGUACAUGCUUCUAAACUGGAUCGUUACUGGUCAGAAGAUAUACAAGCAUCUAAUAUUGCCCAAGAUAUCACGAAUAAAUAUAAUGAAUAUAUGAAUACAUCAAAACCGAUUUAUUUCGUUGUUCCUGUCGUGCACCACUGCUUUAAAGAUAUCGGACGGCCAUUUCGACCGAGCGAAAGAGUUCUUAUCGAACCUUACCUCGGAGAUACUUAUGAAAAGUUCAACACCAAUCAUGGUUUAGUUCUAAAACCAGUAAGUCAAGGAUUAUCAAUGGCAACUCUUUCACACUUCAGUUACCAUAUCACACGAGGACAGUAUCUUCUUUGUGACUUACAAGGUGUGAAGAAAAAGGACAGGUACAUUCUAACUGAUCCAGUCAUAUGUUCACUUAACGAACAAUUUGGUUUAACGGACUUGGGAGAAGAUGGUAUUCGAUCAUUUUUUGCUAAUCAUCAGUGUACACCAUUAUGUGAAAGAAGUUGGCUGAAACAUCCAUCACCUCAACCCUAUCCUGAUCAUCAAAACUUACACGGAACACUAUUUCGCAUAUGA